AUGUUCCAAAAAAGGGAAAAAAGGAAUAAGCCUAUAAUUGACACAACUCCAGAAGAAGAGCCUGUUUUAAUAAAAAAGCCAAAAAUAGAAAAACAUAAAACCCAAGAAAACCAGCAAGCUAAAUCAGAAAUUAUGGAUGAAUUAAAUUUCAAAGAUUCUACAGGAAUCCGCCAGCUGACACAAGAUGACGCUACAAGAGAGCUGCAGCUUGACCUCGACAAAGGUGAAGAAGGACGCAGCAAAGCAGUAAAAAACCUUGAAAUCAGCCGUCUAAUAAACUCAGGAGAGCUCAGCACUGACUAUUAUCGUGGCCAAAGCUCUUAUCCUAUCUACGCUGAAAAAAGUGAAGGCAACAUUUAUGCAUCUAAAUUCACAGGCUCUCUAGGCCCUAUACGAGCUCCUUCUAAUAUCAGAGCAACCUGUAGGUUUGAUUAUUCGUAUGGCAUAUGCAAAGACUGAAAAAUUUCUGGAUACUGUGGGUAUGGUGAUGGCUGCAUUUUUAUCCAUGACCGAAGCAACUAUAAAACAGGAUGGGAACUUGAAAAAGAAUGGACUGAAGAACAAGAAAAAAAAAGGAAAAAAGCGUAUGGAGAAAAUGUGUCUGAUGAAGAAAAUUAUGAAAUAAGCUCUGAAGAAAAUAAAGAAGAAAAAUGCCCUAUAUGCCAAGAAGAGUAUAAAGACCCAGUGAUUACACAAUGCAGCCAUAAAUUUUGCUAUAAAUGUGCAAUAGAGAAGUACUCAGAGAAUACAAAAUGCUUUGUAUGUGGAAAAGAGACGAAAGGGAUUUUUAAUGACGAAAAAGCAGAUGAAAAAAAUAAUUUUUCCAAUUAA